GGCAAAAGGCUGCAAAUAUGUAGGAGUUAUAUGAGUAUGUCCAGCAGGUGUUUUACCUUGAAUCAUGUGAAUCCAAAGUACGAACCGCCGACCAAGUGGUCCAGCAGCAAAAAUAUCCAAUGCAAAAGCAUCGCACUCGUACUAGUUGGAGUUGCAAACGUGCAUCACAAAUUUUUUUUCGCCUCUAAGCCUAAGGAAAAACAGCAUAUACAAAUCCCACUUUUCUGUUUGCCAAAAUUUGCAGUGCAGUCGACGCUAGUGCGAUGCUUUUGCAAUGCAUAAAAAAUGGGUUUCGACAACAUUUCUUCGACGCUUGAUCCCGUGGCCCGCGAGGGUGACUGGCAAGUCCGUGACUUCGUUCUGACCCUGAUCUGGAUCGGCUCCCUUGUCCUCUGCACACACGACCUUUUUUCUAAACCUGUCCUGGGCAAUGUUUUUCGUCGAAUUCUGACUGAACUUGAGGGGCCGCUGGGAGUUGUCGAUGGGUGGUCGAGCAAGCUGAAGACCUGCGCAGCUAGUUGUACAUGGGACGCGAGUUUUUCCAAGUUGGCUGCGGCGACAGGGUAUCGGAACAGGCUUGCGGCCCAAGUCGACGCUGCAGCAACCGGGCCGAGCGAAGGUGCGGUGCCGGAAAGUUUAUGCGUUGCGAAAAAAAAGCAUGUCUUGAGAUGCAGCAAGCGACACAAUAAAACGAAAACUAAACCACAACACCAGAGCACAUAAUCCUAAUCGCCACGAAUUCGCUGAGUGACUCAGCGCACCACGGCUCUUUCAUUCUGUUAUAUGAUAAAGAUAUUCAAGCGCGCGAGUGCUCGGUCGUUCUCUUGUAUGGCUAUGGGUACUUACUGAGAACAAGAAGAAGUAAGAUUCGCUCUGUUGAGUGCAAGCGACAACCUAGCAUCUCGUGCUAGCGACUUGCACACAUCGUUGCCUACAAGUGAUGAUGCGCAGUGAAGCAUCAGAACAAACAUCAACAAGCAUAUUUAUCCACCUCUUACUCGAGCAUCAAGUUGCAGCACUGAUUCCAACGCAAACGCAUACAACGCUACGACCCCUGUUGGAAGUCCAACAUGGUUACCUGGUGGUGCGGAAGCUGGGACCAUAGCCUCCGUGUCGACUAGGCAGCCUCAGCCACCAGCUGGGACGCCUCCGCCGCCGAUCCCAGACAGACAAGUCGGGUCUGUGCUUGGUGUGGAUAUGCGCGGACAACAUGACCAACUGCACGCAGGCGGCCUCCGGCUUCGUCGCGGCGUUCCGCACGAUUCUGCACAGAAUGAACACCACGACACGCAGCUCCACCAGGGAAUGCAACUACCCGCGACCGGCACAAAGAACGCGACUAUGAAUAUCUCGGACACUGAUUACUACCAUCGCGAAGAGGUGCCAACCCAGCGUAGUACUCCCGCCGGCCCCGGCGGCGUUCCGCCGUACUACUCUAACGUGCCCCUGCUUGACACUUCGCAACCACUUGGAGCACUUGGAGCAAAUAAUAAGCCUGCUCCAGGACUAGGACCGCUUGCAGGAACAGUUCCCUUGGGGGGCGUCACGAUGGGGGGCGACCCUGGGAAUCAGUCUAGGUUGCCUGCACCUGCAGACCACGAGUUCGUGCAAGAGACGCUUACACCCCGCCGAAGCGAGGAGCGUGAAGUCAUUUACGGUCCGGAGCAACCACCUGCGCUCUUCGACCCCCUAGACCGGGCAAAGACCGUGGAGCGUCUGAACGUCGACGUCCCACCAGAGAAGCAUGGUGACUGGCUCUUCCAAGCUCGUCCGGAUAUAGAUCAGCUCCUCGGACCUCGUGUGGCUACCGAGCAGGGAGCGUUCGGAAACAUCUGGAAAGUCGCAGGGUACGUUGUGAAACAGAAUCAAAAUGAUAACAGUCACAUCGAGUACCAGGCACUAACGACUUUGAUGCUCCAGCCGGAGGACAAAAAGGUGUCUGCGGUGAUGUACCCCAUCUUUCUUGACUAUACACCCGGUCCUCCUCAAGUACUUGCUCACGUUUGCAUGGACGGCGGCCGAUCGGUGUACGAGGUGUUCUUGAACGAGAAAACGCAGCAUCUGGCGGCAUUUGACGACGCCGCCAUCGCCGAGCUCAUCGACGAAGUCUACCGCAGUUGCCGGGCGGUCUUGGAGCACCUUUGCGCACUGGAAUUGGAGCACAGAGACCUGCACGCCGGCAAUGUGCUCAUCGAAGUCAACGAGAAGUCCGGCGCGAGGGUCAAGGUGAUCGACUUCGGGUUCUGUAAGCGUUUCCAGCCAGGCCCAGCGGACGCUAAUGGAAAAGUCAAACGACCGCGGGAUGGGGCUAUAUCCGACUGAAGCAAAAUCAAAACGCACACAGCUGGCGGCGUCGCUCAUUCUAUGAACUGCCCAGGGCCAGGUGUUAAAACAGUGUCAGAGUCAGUCUCAUUUGUUCUACUCAAGUUUUCAACUAUACAGACCUGACGAGCUUGGUCUUGCAUGACAAGCACUAGCACGACGAGGAUUUUCAGAACAAAUGCAGUACCUUGAUGUGCAUGUGGUUUUUGUAUUAUAUGCAAAUUCUGCCGGGUUUUAGUGGUAUUGGUGGUUUCGGCACACGUCAUGCGUAUUUCUGAAAGAGCAGGCCACACCCACAGCCAGAUCUUGCAUUGUAUUUCAAAGUCGAGGGCCUCAAAAGUUUCUUCCCCACCAGACUUUCGAUAACCGCGCAGCAGUAGUGUCACUCCUGCGCGCAAUUAAUGGCCAUGCUGCGGUGCUUUUUCUUUCCAUAUGAAGCAGGCAAGCUGAGUAUCAAGCCGCCGAGCUUUUUUCGAUACAGAGAGUAUGUGCCACGAGCGUAUGCACCGAAAACAGAGACACGCACGCGCAUCGCAUUUGGGCCUAGCCAAAGUUUUGCCGUACAUGGGCCAUGUACUAGCCAAGCCUUUGCCUAACGUGAUGGCUUGGAUUGUGCACUGGCCAGGGCUGGGCAUCGUCGCCGCGCCUUGCGCAGCCGCUGGGCUUCCUUGUGUUUUCUCCGGACAUACGCGCACUCCAUUAGCGCAGCUGUGCAAGCCGGCCCGAGUGCGUGCCUGGGCUCGGUGCUGUAGCUGGAGGCGGUUCGCGCUAUGCAGUGGGUGCCGCGAAGGAUGGCGCAGCUAGCUUCUGCCCAGCGCGCACCCACCCCGCCCCCGGCCUUCUCGGCUGAGUUUUAUUUUUUUUUCAGCCACCAGGGGCCAGUGGGCGUGUGCUGAUGCUGUGGCGGCGUUUCCCUGGAUUGGGUUCCGGCUGUCGCUCCUUUUCAGGGCCUGGCCCCUCUCUGGACAGGUUGGUGGGCUGCCUCCCCGAGUAGAUUCGACGCACACCGGGACGACGUUGCUCGCGCAUCUGGGGAUAGCUAUUGCAGCGCCCCUCUCUUGCCAAACCUGCCCGCAUGCACGCCGCUACCCCUUUGGGCCCCGUCAGGGCAGGGCCGCCUGGAGUUGUUUGUGUAUCCACACCGGAGGCAGCGGCGCUGGGUUGCCACGGCUGCGUACGAAAGGCAAGGGGGACAAAGACUGCAGUCCUCGUCGCAAUAACAAACAGAAACAGCACAAGACAAACAGCGCCGCCACUCGGGCGCGUCGAGGGCGCAGGCCCCCAUACCAAAGUUAAUACUUGUCGACGCAAACAAAGCCGCCCCCUCCGCAAAGCUUUGCGCCGCCCUUGCUCAUGCGUUGGUGGUGUGUGUCUUCCCUCUGUCAUAAAGUGGUGGCGAUGAGUAUGGGGCGCACAGGUCAAGUUCAGCUUCAGCACGAUUAUGACGUCGCUUUUCUACUGGGAGAAGUAGUUGCUCUCGCUCUGGCAGGUCGGUCGCGGUGUGCGUGAGGCUCUCUCACGGGCGCUCUCGGCGCCUCGUUUAUUUGUAUUGGUGUUGAGCAGGGUCGGAUGAAUCCUCGCGAUUUGUAUUGGUGCGUGAGCACGUAUCACGUAUAUGCCAGGAGAAAAGCCUUGCAAUUUGGUUUCUUUUUCAUUGUGAAAGCAGGAGCCGAACGGAUUGCGCGCUCCAUAAUCAACCGCGAUCUUUUUGCGUUGGGAGUGCUGAUAUUGCAAAUAUCUGCUCGAGACCGUCACCAGCAGUUUUGGCCGCCAAACGUCAUCCAAGAAGGUGAUGGCGACGCAACCAAUGCGCGCAUGUUGUCUUACAUAGGAAAAUGAACCCUCACAUCAACCAGCGAGCACUGCCACUGCGGCAUAUUGAUUCAAUUACACACACUCCUCCAACAUAUUUGCUUUUGCAUUUGGUCUAACAAAAUUCGAAUUCUCCAGUGCAAAAAAAUAAGAACUAGUUGGCACGAGAAUGCGCACGCAUCGCCAAGGUGCGCAUGGCCUUCUUAUUUUGGGACCCGAUUACCGUGCCGCGAUAGCGGUAUACUCCAACCCCGGCCGACGAACGUGCUUCCUGCUUCAGCUAGAUUUUGCAUUUAUUUGCGUUGGAGUUUACUGUUCCGUGUUGGGCUCGAAGCCCUUGCACCUCACCAAGCCGGCAGUCGUUACGUCGACAUUUUUUUUGCAGCGCCGGCUGCGAUAAAGCUGGUUGAUUUUCAAUGCCAUACAGUGUCGCGCAAAAUGACAGGGAGAACCCAACCUGGGUGCGGGAUCGAAUCAGAUCAGUAACGAGCGAGCACGAUCAGCGCCAAAACAGUGGUCGGGUUCCUGGCGGCGCCGUCAUUGAGGAGCUUCUCACUGAUGUUUCCCACGUACAGUCGCGAUCUUCGUCAUUUUGUAAUGCUGCGCUGAGAUGUGAUGACUAUUCCUUUUAUUUUUCUUUGUAUGUAACCGAAACUGCAGCUGCGCGAGCAGAUGCAGUAGGGUUCCACCUUCAAACAGAAACGAUUAACAUUUGAAUUACACUACAACGCAUGAAAAUUUGACGAAGAUGACGACUUUGCACAGGAUGAGACGGGGGUGAAGACUAGUUGCGUAGCGUGGACGACUACCGCUCUUUUUUCUUCAUCGAUUCUGGCUACAGCUACUCCGACAGGGCAUCUGUGUCCGUUCUAACGACGCAGGCGGCUUUUGGUUUUAAAUCUUAACCUCGCAAACGCUAGCCAAAAGGCACGACUUAUAUGCUUGCAAAAGUUUGGGCUUUGGCUUUUCCGAAUCCGAUUAAUUCGCUGGCUCACUUCAGCGUGAGCAUACUUACAACACUGAAGUGCUUCUCAUCUACCUUCAAUCAAAGACAAAACCGAGUACGAUUUAGAUGCUUCGCGCCAGAGUUAAUACUACAGUUUUGAAACCAAUGUCGACGCUGACACUUGAGGUUCGAAAAUCAUUGUCGCGCUGCUGAUCCUGGUGCUACGCUUUGGCAUCAUUGAGGAGAAACAAUCGCGGUAGAUCAUUUAGAUUAGCCCUAAUGUAAAUCAGAGUGCUCCGGAGCCCGCAGAUGCGCUUUUGCGCCGUAGUAUAUAUUUUCUUAUCAGCAAAUACCAAUUUGAAGUAUUUUGUUUUUACACUAUCAUAUAUACAAAAGCGCUGGAAAAAUUGGCCAUAACGAAUAAAAUGUAGGGACUUUUUCUGGCCAGCGACGUACAACUCAUGGCUCUGGCGCUGGACUAGAUCCGGUGCCAAAAGCCGCGCUUUUCCUUGUUCCAUCGGUGCACAUUUGCGCCGCAACAACUUGAACUUAAAGCUAUACAAUACUAUGACAAAAGGAC